GCUGGCGCCCCCCUUCGCGCACAGAUUUCUGGGAGCUGAGGGUCGCAAUGGUUCGUGGCUGAGCUUCCGAAGGUGCUGCGUCGGACCCACUGAAGAGUAAAAGAUGACAACAGCAGCCAGGCCAACGUUUGAACCCGCAAGAGGUGGAAGAGGGAAAGGCGAAGGGGAUUUGAGCCAGCUCUCAAAGCAGUAUUCCAGCAGAGACCUUCCCUCGCACACUAAGAUAAAAUACAGACAAACUACACAGGAUGCCCCUGAAGAGGUUCGCAACCGUGACUUCAGAAGAGAGUUGGAAGAGAGAGAGAGAGCUGCUGCAAGGGAAAAAAAUAGGGACCGUCCAACCCGAGAACAUACAACUUCCUCUUCAGUGUCAAAGAAGCCCCGCUUAGACCAGAUUCCUGCUGCCAACCUUGAUGCCGACGAUCCUCUCACAGAUGAAGAUGAUGAGGAUUUUGAAGAGGAGAGUGAUGAUGAUGACACUGCGGCUCUUCUUGCAGAGCUGGAAAAGAUCAAGAAGGAGAGAGCUGAAGAGCAGGCCAGGAAGGAACAAGAACAGAAAGCAGAGGAAGAGAGAAUUCGCAUGGAAAACAUUCUGAGUGGCAACCCUCUCCUUAAUCUCACUGGCCCAUCCCAGCCUCAGGCCAACUUCAAGGUUAAAAGAAGGUGGGACGAUGAUGUCGUUUUUAAGAACUGUGCAAAGGGUAUAGAUGAUCAGAAGAAAGACAAAAGAUUUGUAAAUGAUUCACUUCGAUCUGAAUUUCACAAAAAGUUCAUGGAGAAAUAUAUUAAGUAGUACAGUUUUAUGUGCUUGAUUAAAGACUGAAAUGCUAAGGAUCAAUUUGA